AGAACAUCGUAAAAUGUUUUCGCUCUCAAAAGUCUUCGAAUUGUAGGCAAACUAUUUUUUUUGCUUCAGUUUUCGGUGGAUCGCGUGCCAUACAUCAUAAAUUAUUGGUGGCCUUUGGUAAGCGUUAUGAUGAGUUUUGCCAUGUCAAAUUCAACGUUUGUAAAUGUUUUAAUUGUCGCAGUUUUAUCCUGUCUAAUCCGGUCGGUGGUCACAUUGAAGUGUUACCAAUGCGAAACAUCAACGAAUAAGAAUUGCACCUAUUUUUUUGACCUGUACCUUUCUGUAAAGCCACAAGAAUGUGUAGACAAUGGAUCCUUAUCGCUUAACGGCUUUUCACUCAGCUGUUUGAAAAUUCUGACUACCAAUUAUUACGGCAAAAUCGUUAAUCAUCAAGUUGUUCGUAAGUGCAUAUGGAAGCACGAAAAUCAGAACCCAUGUGCCAUACCGACAACAUUACGGCCAUAUUCAGGCCCCCGUACAGCCCAUCAAACUUGUACCGUUUGCAGUGACAAAGAUGGCUGCAACGGUGGCAGUUCAUUGACAAACUUUACAGAAUUGGUCGUUUUGGGAGCAGUGGGAGCACUGAUGAGUACCGUCGCUUUGUAUGUUCAAUGAAGUUUAUUUUAAUUUUACGCCUUUGCUAUGUACAAAUUUUACGAGAAGAUGAAA